CAAGAUGGCAGCCUCCGGGGUUGUCACAUUAUGACUUCUUAUGUAUCUUUAUUUAUCCACGUUUGAAAUGUUUAUUUCUCAAUAAUCAAUGGUGAUUAUCAUCUUGCAGUGACAUUCUAAUGCACGCGAGCACCGUGGACUUCAAGUUACCCGAUCAAAUGACACAAGGACAAUGCUGCCAGUGUCAGCUGGAGUCAUCUUCCCAGGGCCAGUGACAAUUCAAUAAGCUAGCUAGCUAAUAACACAUUGGACAUGCAGCUCUACUCAUUUAAUAUUCGAGGCCAAAUCGUGCCCUUGGUGAGACGUUUUCUUGACUUGAAAAUAUGUAGAAUUAGAAGACGUACCGACGACUACAGCACCACGUGCACUCUGGUCAGGCACCGAUGGAUGAGGAACGCUGUCAUAAGGCUACCAAAACAACUCUGCCAGGAGUACAGCAGCUCCAGCGCUUCAAAGGGGGGCAUUGACAUGUCAGAUUUCCCUGUCGAUAAGAUAAGGAAUUUCAGCAUCAUAGCUCACAUUGACCACGGGAAGAGCACCCUGGCAGACAGGCUACUGGAGAUAACAGGGGCCAUUGUUAAAACUGAGAAAAAUAAGCAGGUCCUUGACAAGCUCCAGGUGGAGCGUGAAAGAGGCAUCACUGUCAAGGCCCAAACCGCCUCCUUGGUCUACAAAUACCAAGAUGAAACCUACCUACUCAAUCUCAUUGACACACCGGGACAUGUUGACUUCAGCUAUGAAGUGUCACGCUCCAUCUCUGCCUGCCAAGGGGUUCUUCUGGUGGUGGAUGCCAAUCAGGGAAUUCAAGCUCAAACUGUUGCUAAUUUCUACUUGGCAUUUGAGGCUCAACUUGCCAUCAUCCCAGUGUUAAAUAAGAUUGACCUUAAAAAUGCAGACCCAGAGAGGGUGGAGAAGCAGAUUGAAAAGGUUUUUGAUAUUCCCGCUGAAGAAUGUAUUAGGAUCUCUGCCAAGCAGGGCACUAAUGUGGAACUAGUUCUCCAAGAAGUCGUGAAAAGAAUACCACCGCCCACGGCCAAGAAGGAGGACCCCUUUAAGGCCCUGGUGUUCGACUCGACCUUUGACCCUUAUCGCGGGGUGGUGGCCAAUAUCGCCCUGUUUGGAGGGCGUGUGUCCAAAGGGGAUAAGAUCACCUCUGCCCACCUGGGUAAGACCUACGAGGUGAACGAGCUUGGCAUCCUGAGACCGGAUGAGUACCCUACAAACACACUCUAUGGUGGCCAGGUGGGCUACAUUGUGGCAGGGAUGAAGGAUGUAACAGAAGCUCAAAUCGGAGACACGUUUCACCACCACAAGCAGCCAGUGGAACCCCUGCCAGGAUUCAAGCCAGCCAAAGCCAUGGUGUUCGCUGGAAUGUACCCGGUGGAUCAGUCGGAGUACACUGCCCUGAGGAGCGCGGUGGACAAACUCACCCUCAACGACUCCAGCGUGACUGUGCAGAAAGACAGCAGUUUGGCUCUGGGAGCUGGCUGGAGACUGGGUUUUCUGGGUCUGCUGCACAUGGAGGUCUUUAACCAGCGUCUGGAGCAGGAGUAUAACGCCUCUGUCAUUGUGACGGCCCCCACCGUACCCUAUAAGGCCAUACUCACCUCAGCCAAGCUCAUUAAAGAAUAUGGGCAAGAGGAAAUCACUAUUGUGAAUCCUGCCCAGUUCCCUGACAAAUCCACGGUGUCAGAGUACCUAGAGCCAAUGGUUACGGGUACGAUCAUUGCCCCCGACGAUUUCACAGGCAGAAUUAUGACACUCUGCAUGAAUCGCAGAGCCAUACAGAAGAACAUGGUCUACAUCGACGACAACAGAGUUAUGAUGAAGUUCCUCUUUCCUCUCAACGAGAUUGUGGUCGACUUCUACGACAGCCUCAAGUCUAUGUCCUCAGGAUAUGCCAGUUUUGACUAUGAGGAUGCAGGAUAUCAGCCUGCCCACUUGAUCAAGAUGGACUUCUUACUGAAUGGGAGACCGGUGGAAGAGCUCACCACCAUAGUGCACAAAGACAAAGCAUACAGCAUGGGCAAGGCCAUGUGUGAGCGCCUGAAGGACUCCAUUCCUCGACAGAUGUUUGAGAUCGCCGUCCAGGCAGCUAUCGGAAGCAAAGUCAUUGCUAGGGAAACAAUCAAAGCAUACAGGAAGAAUGUUUUGGCAAAAUGUUACGGAGGAGAUAUCACUCGCAAAAUGAAACUCCUGAAAAAGCAAGCGGAGGGGAAGAAGAAAAUGCGUCGCAUUGGAAAUAUAGACGUUCCCAAAGAUGCAUUCAUCAACGUUUUAAAGAGGAAGGAGAAAUAACAGGUGGUGAAGUUAUAUGUGGUCAAGUAACCACUUCCCUAGAACAACUGUGCAUUAUAAUGAAAUGACAGCUGGACUGAAGCAUCCUCCUUUGCCCUGUGGACUGACACCUUAAUUUGCUAUCAGGUCAGCAAAAUACUGAACUAUGCACUCUGCUGAACGACUUGCUGAAUUUCUCAGCAACACACUGAACUGGAAACACUUUCAGAAGUACAAAUAAAUCAAAU